UUAUGGAUUCGGCUGCAGUUCAUACCGAAUUCCGUAGGCUCUUAAGUGAAUAAAAUCUAUAUGAAUAACAUUUUCACUUUUUCCCGUAUUACUGUACCCGUAUCUUUUCAACAUAUGGAAGGUGGUGAAGUACAAAAGGGUUCCUUCAGGGACAGAUAAAAAGGACCAGUUGAAGAAAUAAAACAU